CGCGAUAUCCCCUCAGUUUCUCCCAACUGCGCCCUAUCUUAACCCGCCUCUCAGGAUGACGUCCGUGCCCGCCCUCCAGCCGCGGAUCUACGCCAUCCUCUCGGGCCCGAGCACUGACUUGGAGACCAUCAGCGCUAAGCGGGUGCGCAAGCAGCUGCAGGCAGAGGACCCGCUCGUCACACCGGACUUUAUCAGGGACAACAAAGCCGCGAUCGACCAGCUCAUCGCGACUGUGUUCAAUCAGGUCAAGGAGGAACGUCAAACGGGGAUACUGCCCCCGGCCAACCCUGGACCUGUGGGUGGUACCCUUGGUACGGGGAUGGGUGGGACGUACCAGCCAAUGCAAGGUUACAACGCUACGGCUGGACUAGGGCUUGCGUUGCCGAACAUGGGCUAUGCGGCGAGCGCCUCGCAUGCGGGUUCGAAGCGCAAGUUUGAAGACCUUGCGCUGUCCCAGAGCUCACCGGGAAUGCCACUCCAAGCGCAUCCCACUGGAUAUGUGAACACGAAGCAGGAGUUGUCCGAUGCCCAGCUCGCGAGACAACUCAGUGCUGAGCUGAACGGCCAUUCGACGCGUGGUGCCGUGACAGCUCCACCAGGGAGCCUCGCGAGGAAGGCGGGCAAGAAGAAGACAAAGAAGAGCAAGGAGGAGGUGGAAGACUCUGGCGGAGAGGGCGGAGAGAGGCCAAAGAAGAAGGCGAGGGGUGGCGGGUUUCAAAAGCCAUAUGCUCUAAGUCCUGCGCUCCAGGAGCUGACAGGCGAGACGGCGCUGCCCAGACCGUUGGUAGUGAAGGCGCUGUGGGACCAUAUCAAGGCGAAUCAACUGCAGAACCCACAAAACAGAAAGGAGAUCCUCUGCGAUGACAAGAUGCGAGCUGUGUUUGGCAUGCAAAAGAUUGACAUGUUCAGGAUGAACAAGGAGCUUGGAAAGUAUCUCGGGGAUGUUGUAGUCGCUGGCGAGGCCUGAACACAAGACGACGACGAACACGAUAUGCCGUGACGAGCUCCGAGUCUGUAUUACUGGCUCACGACGUCUUUUUUGGGUUUUCUGGAGAGCGGUCCCUUAGGCACAGCAAGGCGAUGUUGUUCACCCGCCGUUCAGGUUGAGAACGUGGCCAGAUCUCUUGGCUCUUGUCCACAUGUUCCACGUGGUGCGGUUACAAUGCCAACUGGCACCGUUACCUGCUACGUACGGUGCCUUUUCCAAUCUGCGGCAUUCCCGGCGUGUGCGCCGUAAUGUAAAUAUACUCUUAUUGUACAACUCACUCAGUGAACAUGGCAGAGACAAUCGAAAUCAGUU